AUGAUUCCUGCAUAUAAUGAAGUCAAGCCACUUGCAUUGGUGUAUUUCAUUACGAUAAUACUAACGGGGCAGCUUAUUCUCUAUGGUAUACUCGUUGCUAGAAUAUUUGAUUUCUACGUUAAAGCAAACAAGAAAUUUGUCAAAAAAGAGCGAUUCCAAGAAAGACAAUGUCUAAUAAAAGCGUUUGAAGCUUUGGAUGUCAAUAAGAAUGGUUUCGUAUCAUAUAAACAAUGGGAAAGUUUGUUCAAGUGUUUACGCCCGAAAGCUGGAGAAUUAGAAGCAUUGAAACGGUUCAAUAAAUUAAAAGAAAUUUCAAAAGAGGAUUCAUAUUCCAAAAAUAUACAUGCUUCGGAUAAAUUAUCUUUGUUCCAAUUUUUUCAUUUGCUGGAAGUCUUGCAAUUGACAGUCGAAAUUAAAAAAGACGAAUCCAACGAAAAUUCAAGAAAGGUGUGUUCGGCUUUGUUUAGAAUAGCAAAACAAUGGAAAUCAAGUUCAAUAGGUUACUAUGUAUCUAUCUUCCUCAACGUUUUCUUCCUGUUACCAUUUGCACUCGUCUGGUGGGGAAUGACACCAACUACUGCUAAGUUGCUUUAUACGAUGGAAUUUAUCACACUUAUUUUAAUUUUGGUGGACGUGGUUUUACGUCUAAUAGCAGCGGAAUUGAAAAACGAAAUGAUUCUCCAUGUAAUCAUGGCCAUGAUAGCAACAGCCUUCAUGUUAUACAUUCUAUUUACUGGAAAAGCAAGCAAAGCAGCCAAGGGUUGGGCGGCACUUGCCACGCAUGCUGCAGUGAUUUUGCGACUGAUAAGCAUUAGAGGAGGGACAAGCACAUUGUCACAUUGGCUCCGACGAAUCACUCCACCAUUGUGUACGUUACUGUGUCUUAUUACUGUUGGAUUUUACUCGUAUGGAAUUAUCGGAAUGGAAUGGUUUGGAUACUUAGAGAAAGAACACGGACAUCGUGAAUUACCAAAAGCAUUGUCGUUAUGUAGAUAUGGGUUCGAAUCUCUUGGAUGCUCUUUGUUGACACUUUUUCAGAUAAGCCUUGGAUCUAGUUGGCACCGGGUCAUGGAUUACAUUAUGGUCGAAGUGUCACCUUGGGCAUCUACGUAUUUUGUUCUAUUUUAUGCGAUGAUGCAAAUGGUUGUUCUAAAUGUUAUUUCUGCUGUCAUGGUUGAAGUAUCAAACGCAAUAUACAGUGAUGAAAUAGCUGUGGGAAAUGAAGAGAAACCAAAGAAGGAGGUUGUUGGCAGCAGCUCAAUACGCAGUACAGAACUGUCUCGUCCCAUCCAAAAGCUAACAAGUAGUAAAGGAAGGGAAAAAAAUUCUUUAUCAAGUGCCUUCGCUAUGACAAGUACAGUAGCAGGGUUUACAUCGUUCACUACGCUAACAAGAAUAGAAGAAGAGUCCGGCGACGAAACAAGCGAAAUACGGUCGCCAUUAGAAGAAAGCUUACAUGCAUUGAAAUUAGAACUGCAAGAUAUCACAGAAGAAGAUUCAUUUGAAGUAAAUAAUAUCGAAACCCAUUCUAGUAUACGCUUGACAGGAAGAAAAACUAUUGGAAAUUGGACGAGAGACAUGGCACAGGAUAUCACAUUUUUGAAUGCAGAUGAACUAAAACGACUACAAGACGAAAUGGGAGCAACCACGAAAGGAUUGAAAAUUUCAAAAAUAGAUUCAAAGUCAUCAAUUUCAAACAAAAGCAACGCCUGGGUUUGACAUCUAAGAUUAUGUUUGUUUCAUGAGCUAAAUGUGAUCACUUAUCACCUCUUGACAAUGUAUUUUUGGCAACGUAUACUGCUAUAUAAUAUUUAGAUUCUAGGUAUUUUGGU